UCUUUGACAAAAAGUGCCGAAAAGAGCGCCAAAAAGAAGCGAAAACUGACGCCACAGGAGAAGAAGAGGGCUCUCGAGGAGAGGAAUCGUGUGAUCGCUGAGAGAGAGGCCGAGAAGGAGAGGAAGGCGAGGGAAAUACAGGAGAAGAAGGAUUUGUUGGAAAGACAACGACUCGAGAGACAGAAACUGAAAGACGCAGAGAAAGAGAAGAGAGAGAAAGAGAGGGUCGAGAAGGAGAUGGAGAGGCAGCGCAUGAAAGAUGAAAAGCAGAAGGAAAAGGAGGACAGACUUCGCGAGAGAGAAGAGAAGCAAAAGGAGAAGGAUUUGGAGAAACAGAAGAAACUGGAAGAAAUAUCGGAAAAGAAGCGCAAAUUAGAAGAGGAGAAGAGCCGAAGACUGUCUGAGAAACAAAAGGCUUCUGAGGAACAGUUGAAGAAAGAGGAGCGACAAAGACAACUGUUGUCCAACUUCUUCAAGAACUCAGCGAAUCAGUCGUCGAAUCGCAAGAGUGUAUUGACGAGCGAUGAGACGAUUACCAACUCUUUGUUUCUUCCCUUCCAAUUGGGUGCCAAUCAAACCAUAGCGCCGGCGGUUCCAGAGUUUGCCAAAAACCGAUUUAAUAGAGAAGUGUUGGACACUCUGUCUCAGACCCAAGACUCGGAUCAGUUAUAUUUGGAUUCAAUCAAAAGCAUUGAUUACCAUAUAUUUCGAUGCAAUGGCCGCCAAAAGAGUGAGCCGGAGAUCAUCAUUGAGAGCACACCUGAAGGCGAUGACAACGAGAAUCAACCGAAGAGGUACCGCAUAAAGCACCUCCAGUUCCACACCAAUGUUCGGCCGCCCUAUAGGGGAACGUUCCGCAAACGGAGCCAUACUAUCAAAGCCACCCAACCCUUCAAUAGAGACACCGAUGUGUUUGACUACGAAGUGGACAGCGAUGAGGAGUGGGAAGAGGGCGGACCCGGAGAGUCACUCGACGGCUCCGACUCUGACGGCUCUGUUAAGGAUGACUAUGAGAUCGACAAUGAGAUCUUCGUUCCGCACGGAUAUCUGUCCGAAGACGAGAACGAGCAGAACGAGGAUCAACUGAACUCAUCGCUCAANGUUUAA